AUGGCGGGCGGGCGUCGGUCGCUGUGCCGCAGCGGCUCCUCCUGCUCCCGCAGGCCGACAGCGGCGGGGCAGGCGGCCCGAGUGUCUGAGGAGAAGCGGGACGAGGUCGACGCGGCGCUAUGGGAGGCUCGGCUGGCGGCGACCGAGGCGUCCCGGGCCGAGCACCGCGAAGCCACCCGCCGGCUGGCCAGGAGCAACGCGGAGCUGCUGUGGCGGCAGCAGGACGCGGGGAGGGAGGCGGCGGCCGUGAUGGCCUUCCUCACGAAGCAAGGCCAGGAGAAGGCGGAGGAGAUUGAGAAACUGAAGCAGGAGCUGAUUGAUUUGAAACAGCAAGCGCAAGAAGAGAAGAAGAAGCUGGCAGACUAUUAUGCCCAACAAAUGAAAGAACUGGAAGAGAAAUUUCAGAAAAAAGUCGGAGAAAUUGGCCAAAUUCAAUUAGAACUGAAAUUCAUAAAGGAGUUCUGCAGGGAGAAAGCAGCUAUGGAGAAAGAGCUGGAAGAUUUAAAAGAGAGUAUGGAGAUUUCAAACAGGAGACAUCAGGAAGUGGUUGUGAGAUUGGAGAGGAGGUUUCUUGAAGAAAAGAAAAGACUGGAAGAAAAUGUUGAGAAAAAACAAAUAAUGAUGGCAGAGGCCAGCCAGCGUGAGGCUGUUUUGCAGCUGAACAGCACUGGGACAGAGGUGUUUAAGGAGAAUGUUCGUCUUCAUGGUGCAUCUGCUUACCAGCUGAAAGAGACAAUGGAAUUGCAGAAAAUCAAACAGAAGUUAGAAGAGGACAAAACUCUUCUGUUACAGGAGAAGGAAACGAAUGAGGGUUUGAUUCGAACAAAGAUCCUACAGAUCAAUCGCCAGAAAGCACAGAUUAGAGAUCUGCAGCGUGAAGUGGAAAAGCUGGAGAUGGCCUUAUGUCGCAUGACCAGAAAAUCUGUGAGAGAGACUCAGAAAACACAGCAUCAGGCGCUGAUAGAAAACCAGGCAAGCACAGUGCAGAUCAAGAAACUGCAGCAGCUACUAGAAAUGAAGGAUCGGGAGAUGAACCGAGUGAAGAAACUAGCCCGGAAUAUCUUAAAUGAGAGGACUGAGGUGGAAAGGUUCUUCCUAGAUGCUCUGGAACAUGUGAAGCAGGAGAUCAUAUCCAGUAGAAAGCACUAUAAGAAAAAGGCCCAAACUGCCUAUUACAGAAAAAUGAUGGAGGCAUGUGCAGGGAAGGAAGAAUUUCCCAAAAUCAAAACAUUCAAAAGCAACAUAAAUAGCACAAAUAGUGUGUACAGAGACCUAGAGGAAGCGGAGAAAUGCUACUGGGACAAAAUCCAGUUUGAAAAAGUGGAUAUCAGUGAGUUGACAUGGGAACAAAAAGAACGUGUUCUGCGAUUGCUUUUUGCCAAAAUGAAUGGCACAAAUCCAUGGAAAUACACUAGAGUUUUGGCUACUUCAGCUCCAGCUCCUGACGAUACUAAAGAAGAAAGCAAAAUUGGCACAGAAAAUGCUUCUCUCAACCUAAUAUUCAUUACACAGCAGGCCGAAUUAUCAGAUUCAUCAUCUUCUGCAGUAAUCCUGCCCCAUAUUUAGAUGUUAACACCACAGACAAAGGCAGCUGUACACUUUGCAUCAACAACAGCCACAGCAAUUACUGACUCACCUGCACUUUUCAUUUUGGAAGUUAUCUUGUGAGCAAAGCUGUGAAUUCUAAAUCCCCUGUCUGCUGCACUGCUGCUUUGACUAAAUGUUUGAAAUCCAUCUGAAAUACAUUAAUUUUCCUCCUUCUUAAAGUAAAGAUUUUAUUCUUUCCCAAGCCAAGAGCUCGGAUGACCCUGUACAAAGCACUAGGAUUUGGACUAGUGGUUAGAACUCUGUAUAUAUGUGUUGCUAUACUUUGAUGAAGAUACAUUUUCAGUUUGUAAUAAAGUCAUUUACGUGAA